AUGUCAGUCGUCCCAUCUGAUUUUCAUCCCCAUCCCCCCACAGCAACACAUUUCACCCCUGCCCUACCCCCAUACAGGAAUCGGUUCAAGGCGCUUCUCACGCUGCUGCCGGCUCUCUCUGCUGACUUCCUCUGCGUUCAGGAGAUGGACGAGUAUGAGGGUGUGUAUCGGCAGCCGAUGGCGGCAGCGGGGUGGGAGAGCGUGUAUGUGAAGCGGCCGGGCAAGAAGAGGGACGGAAGCGGCAUCUUUUACCGAUCCAGCAGAUUUCGCCUGCUUCGCUCGCAGCCAGUCAGCUUCAACGACCUCGUUCCCCCAGACCACCCAGACGACCCAGUUCAAGCAGACACUACCAGUCCAGACUCGUCUGAAGAACCCCGGAACCCAUCCGCCCCUCAUGUGUUGGAGGCGACUCAGAAACCAAGUGCCGGUCCUGACUUGUCUGAAUCGCGUGACCUGUGUGAUCCGCGUGUGCGCUUCAAGCGCGACUGCAGCCAACAACACACCGGUCACCAUCAUCUGUGGCGACUUCAACUCGCUUCCGGGCGACCCUGUGUAUAA